AUUGUUAUCCCUAUUCCCAAACGAAAAGGCAGCAUAAUGAUUCCACCAGAGAUCGUCAACGAUAUCUUAUGCCGUCUUCCUUCAAAAUCGGUUGGUCGGUUCAGAAGCGUUUCAAAGGAAUGGCUAUCUCUGCUCACCGAACCCGCAUUCUUAAAAACCCAUCAAAUUACCGGCCUCAAACGUAAUCACCUCGUCUUUAGCAAAAACCGUGGUAGGUCCUGGUAUUCACACCCGUUGAAUCACCAUGAAUCAGUAUUAACACCAACCAACCUUCUAAUUGAAUCGGAUCAUCGUUUAGAAUUCAAUGGUUCUUGUAACGGUCUUGUCUUGAUAUCUCAUAAGUUUCAUUUCGACGCACUCGUGGUUUUCAACCCUACUACCGGGGAAUCCGUGCAAUUGCCACAAUCUGAUUAUUUUGAUGUGGAGCCAUGGCGUAUCUCACAUGGAAUUGGUUAUGAUUCAGUUACGGAUGAUUACAAGGUUAUUACCCUCACUACUUUUAAAGAUGAAGAAAAUAAUUUUACCAAUUUUGCGUUUCUUUAUAGCCUUAGAGAUAAUACUUGGAAGUGUCUGGGUGAUUUUCCUUACUUUGUUGAUAGUCGACAUGGUGUUUAUCUUGAUGGGUUUCUUAAUUGGAUUUUUGGGAAAGGAAUUGUUACUUUUAAUUUAGCAGAGGAGCGUUUUAGUCUAAUCCCAGUUGUACCAGAUGUACUUGUGUCUCAUGAUGGUGAUGAUUUUCAUAUCACGGGUUAUUCGGCUACCAAAAUUACAGUCCUUGGUGGAAAGCUUGCCAUCUAUUGGCAUUCUAAUGUUAUGUUGAUGAAUGAAUACGGAAUCAAAGAAUCUUGGAUCAUGCUUCGACUAGAUAGAUUCGAUGAUAUUCCUAUGAUCGGGUACACAAUGAUUUUCUAUGACAAUCACGAAAUUCGGGUGUCCGACAUGAACAGAGGUAUGAUGUUGAUAUACGAUUUUGAGAAAAGAACUUUCAGUCAAAACAUGUAUGUUUGGGACAUGUAUACAUUCAAACUUGAAGAUACAUAUACGGAGAGCCUCGUUUCCCCAAAAAUCAAUGCAUACAACUAGUAUUGAAGCAUGACCUUGGUAUACAUAUAUAUUCUUUUCUUUUCAACGUAAACUGUAAAAGGCUAAAAAGCCAAUGACUUUCAUUAAUUUACGUUGGUUGGAUAUGGAACACUUUGCGAUGUUUUGAUGUGCUUUA